GGCAGUUAAUUCACAUUCCCCUACCGAGUUUAUAGAACCACACAUUUUCCAACCCGACACAUUUGUGGAGUAUACCACAAUUAUUAAAUUUAAAUUUAAGUGUUAGUCAUUAAUAUACGACAAUGUUUAUCCGAGGCGAUGCACCACGCUCCGGUCGUGGAAAGAUACCGCAGAUCCCCAGCUCCAUGACUCCCUAUGUGGCGGCCAUCAAGCGGGGUCCCUACACGAUGACCAAUCCGGUUUACAAUAGUCACAAUCCUAAUCUGGUGGGAUUGGAUGGUCAGGUGGAGGAGCCCGCCCCCCGGCACACCUUCAACGUCAAAAAGGAGACGCUGCAGAACAACUAUCGCCACCACCAGCGAUUGAUACCCGUGCCCAUGGCCCGGAUGCCCAAGAUCCGGUCCCACAUAGUGAUGAACGAGCAGCGGGAACUGUACCGCCAGCACCGUGACCGGAUGUCGAAUAUCAAGGGCAAGGUCAACACCUGCUUGCCGCCGCCGAAGAUCAAGAUCGAGGGCAAUGGCAUGGAGCUUUCCUACAUGGAGAUGCUGACCGCUCUCUACAAGAAGAGCAACAACAACCUUAGGACGUUCACCAAGUCGCCGGAACGCCUGGCCGCCGGAAGAUGGCGCAACGUCUGCCUGGCCCGGGAAAAGGAACGCCGCCAACUGGAGGCCAACAAGCAGUUCCAUAAGGGUGGCCAGCUGUUCGAUCCCCAGGCCGGGAAAUCGCUACGCUACAAGCCGAACAGCGGGCCAUUCAGCUACGAAAUUCCGCUCCAUGUGCUACAUCGCUACGAGAGCCUGAUCGAUAAGUGCGAUGUGGGCAACCUUUGCAAGCUGCUCCGUCCCCAGAUAUAUCUGGACCUCGAGGUGCCGGAGAGUCGCCUCCAGGGACGCCUAUGCAUUCAGCUGUUCACCGAGGCCUGUCCGCAGGUGGUGCUUGAGUUCAUGAGGAUCUGCACCCAGCACCGGAAUCGUGCUAUCUGCUUCUCCCGGGCACUGGCCCCCAUUUGGCUAGAGGGUCAGAUAGCAAUGGACCCGGACAGGAACAUGGAUCUGAACAACAUCGAGCACGACUUCGAGGUGUUGAACCAUGGCGUGGACGCCGGCAUACUCUCCUUCCCCAGUCGAUAUGUGCGCGGCGCUCCCCGUUCUGCGAUCAACUUUACCAUCAGCUUCAAGCCACUCUCCAUUCUCAAUGGACGGAGGAUAGCCUUCGGGAAGGUGCGGAAGGGCCUGCAGAUACUCGACAAAAUUCAGGAGGCUAUCGGACACCUGCCCAUGAAGCACAACAUGAUUACACUGACCGACUGUGGCGUUCUAUGAACUAGUCCCAAAUUAAUUUUCUAAUCUAAUAUGUAACUAAAAUCAUUGAACACUAAUUUGGUUAGCUCAAGCGAAUCAUAAAAUAAAUUAUUUAAAGUCUAAAA